GCUGCUGAAUCAUACUGCAUAAUCAGUUACUCAAAUAAGAUUCUCAGAGAGCCAUUUUAAGGGCAUUAAAUAAAUAACAAUAAUUGCAACCAUUUCCAUUUCUCCGGUGGAGCCUGCUAAGAGUCUGUUUGGGUCAGGGCCAGAUUCUUUUAGACAUACUGGGAUAUCAUCUUCCUCUAAACCUGGCACUCACUCAUGCUGUUUGUCUGCAAGUGCCUUGUUGUUCUGCAAGGUCAGAUUUUAAAUCUAGUGCCAUAAAGCUUCUCUGUGACACAGAGAACAUAGUUAGGAACCAAUGUGUGCUAGUGUGCUAGGCAGUGUUCUGGAGAUGUGAGGUUAAUGAGAAGGCAUUUACUGUUUCUUUAAUACCGUGUGCAGACUGUAAUUGGUUUGGAUUUUUUUUUUUUUUUGUCUUUUAAAUUGGGCACUGGAAAAGGGAAUGUGUUCUGCUAGUAUGUGACCUUGUUUUACUUAUGUCUUUCUACUGGUGAAGAUGCUGAAAAUACUGACAAACCAGUGUAUUAGCAGAUCUCAGCAAGUCUGAUAAAUGCUGCCUGUAUGUUUCUCUUUGUAUUUCUGGCUUUUAUUAAAAGUAGAGAAGUGCAUAUCAAAGAAUCUUACUUAUCAGAUGUUGAUACAAAGGCAUUUAACAUGUUCAUUUGUUGGUGGAGGGUUAAAAAAUAUAAUUUCUGGAUUGAGUAAUGUGUAGGGGGAGGAAAGUAGAGAACGUACAACUGGAACUUGACGCAGCUAGCUCGGAACAAGCGUCAGCUUCUGUAAACAGCUCCAUGCUAUUGUAAUGACCGAAUCAAGUGUGACUGCAACUCAGGGGAUAAUUGAGAAGCAUUGUUUUAACCAAAUCAAGUGUGGAUCAGGGUAGAAGCGUAGGUAUGAUUUAAGAUAGUAACUAAGGAAUAGGAUAAUCAGUAUCUAGGGGUGGGGGUUAGUUAACAUGUGUAUAAUUUAAACUAUAAAAAUCACGAAUCGACUCUGUAUCCUUUGGACAUCAGAUUUGGGUGUAUCGUCACCCCUGUGUCCCGCGCGCUUGAAUAAAGAACCGCAUAUGAUCGCCUUCGUGUGGUUAUAUGUUUUCCUACGCUAACAUUUUUGGCGACCCAGAUGGGACCUUGUGGGCGCAGCCAGGACCCCGCGACCCGAUCACGCUCCAGCCGGCACCGGGUGAUUUCUCGGGGAGCCCAUCGGAGCCGCGACCCUCGCCGCUCACAACGACCCCUGGUGAGAGGGAAACAAGAUGUGUAUAAUUAUGUUCUGUCCCUCGGGAAAACUCUAGCUCGGCUUCGAAGUGUUCUCGUGUGGAACAGACCACUGGCCCUAGAGAAUCCAGUCCACAAUAUCGAACCAGGAGAUGAAGUAUACAUCAAAACCUGGAACGAAGAACCACUAAAAGAGAAGUGGACUGGUCCCCAUCAGGUACUGCUAACCACCUUUACAGCAGUCAAAGUAGCUGGAGUGGAACCCUGGAUACACUACACGCGUGUGAAGAAGGUCCCUCAUGGAGUCCAGUCGUGAGCUGUAGAAACUUUUGGACCAACAAAGCUGAGGCUGAAACGUCUGUAACUGUUCAAAUAGUAUUGGUAACUGUGCUCAUGCUCUUCCUGUGGGUAAUGUUAAUUUCAUAGAUACUAAUGUCACCUGUAGAGAUUGCUGUUACUUUGGGAUAUGAGAUACAGAAGGGUCAACUAACAACUCUUCAUUCUAGAAUGAAGAGAGAGAUACAGGCAAAAACACAAGUAAUAGAAAUUUCUAAUGAAAUUCGGGCUGAGAAUGUAAUGAUUGGAUUGGUCAGAGACUUUGCCAAAAUGCAUAAUACCAGCAGAAUAACGGCCUGUCUGCCAAUACCAAAGGCAGCAGGGGACCCAGUAAGCUGGGGAAUAAUAACGUCAAAAUUACCUGAAAUAGGAGGGAACAAAACAAUUAACUGUAAACAAGUACCAGAGUCAAGGGUGGUAGUCAGAGAAUACUAGAAGAUAACAGAAGAUUCUUAUAUGCAACCCAUGAGAAAGUCAGAGUGCAUUCUUAGUAAUGGCAAAUUGAGACAAAUCAUAGAGUGGUGGGUUAAGGACCAAGACCUUGCAAAAUGGCAGUGUUGGUUUCUACGCUAUCAAAAGAUCAAGGACAACGCUACAGAAAGUGUUGUGGUGUAGAAAUGUGAAGAGAAAGAUUGGAAAGGACUGGAACCUUGGGACAGUGCAUGUUCUGUGAGCAUCCUCCAGAAAUUCCAAUAUAUGGAAAGCACACCCUGGUGCAUUAAAUGGAAAGGCUCUGAAAAUGAGACAGAUCCCACAGUGACGAAUACUGAUACUAGCAGUCAGAAAGAGGCAAAUAAGGUAAGUUGGUGGGUAUGUAAGAAAAUUUAUGAUUGCACCUCUGAUAACCUGGAAAUGAAACAGUGGUCACCAUUGGCAAUAGCCUUACGAAUUAGUUGUGCCUGCAGGAAAAUUAAACACAAACAAGGCAAAAUAGAUUCUAAGAUUAUAGUAGGAUGUAGCAAGAGUACAAUUCGAAGUCCAGGACCAUUUGUAUGGGCAAUGAGUGAUGGCACAUGGACAACACACUUGCCUAUGGACGGGGAGGUAAGAGAAAUCACCCUGGGCCUUCCCACUUUAUGUCCAAUUUGGAAGAAAUUCCCAUUUAACAGGAGCAGUGAAGCCUUGCAAAUAAAAGCAAAGCGAGACGUCUCAGAAGACAAGAACCCAGAUGACACUUGGAAGGAACCCUCUAGUGGAGUAAAGAUUGGGUGGGCCCUAGAAUCCUUGUUUGGUCCCAUUGCAAAUUAUCAAAAUAGAGAAAUGCUAUAUAGACUCACAGGUCAGGUAGACAGAUUAGCAAGAAUCACACGAGAGGGAUUUAGGGAACUCAAUGUGCAAUUACAGGCCACCACCAAAAUGACCCUGCAAAAUCGUUUGGCUUUAGAUAUGUUACUUUUGAAAGAACACGGAGUGUGUAGAUAUUUAAAGGGACAAAUUGACCAUUGCUGCAUCCACAUCCCAAAUGUAACUGCAGAUGUAGAACAUGACAUCAGCCAGUUAAAACAAAUAGAGCAUGAGGCACAAAAGGAACAAAAGGAUUUAGCUACUAGCUGGUUGGGUAAAAUCUUUGAAGGAUUAGGAUGGAAUGUGAGUUCAUGGAUAAAGUCUAUCCUUGAAAAUCUGAUAAUUUUACUGAUUAUAUUUUUAGUAAUUUAGUUAGUUUACAGAAUCCUGAAGAGAGAGAUACAAAAAAAAAGCAUCUUGGAACAGGACCAUAAUGAAGGCAUUGGCACGGAACCCAGCACCUUCAAUCCGCAACAACAUCCCGGACAAAGCCUAUGACAACAGAGGAUUUGAAGAUGAACAUCCAGUAUGAACUCUGAAGCCUAAUGGACUGUAUUAAGUGAAAGCAUUUACACUUAGUAUAUUAGAGUGAAAAUACUUUCAAAGGGGGGAAUGUUGGUGGAGGGUUAAAAAAUAUAAUUUCUGGAUUGAGUAAUGUGUAGGGGGAGGAAAGUAGAGAACGUACAACUGGAACUUGACGCAGCUAGCUCGGAACAAGCGUCAGCUUCUGUAAACAGCUCCAUGCUAUUGUAAUGACCGAAUCAAGUGUGACUGCAACUCAGGGGAUAAUUGAGAAGCAUUGUUUUAACCAAAUCAAGUGUGGAUCAGGGUAGAAGCGUAGGUAUGAUUUAAGAUAGUAACUAAGGAAUAGGAUAAUCAGUAUCUAGGGGUGGGGGUUAGUUAACAUGUGUAUAAUUUAAACUAUAAAAAUCACGAAUCGACUCUGUAUCCUUUGGACAUCAGAUUUGGGUGUAUCGUCACCCCUGUGUCCCGCGCGCUUGAAUAAAGAACCGCAUAUGAUCG